AGGUCUCGUCUCCACUAUGUUUACAGGCAGUAUUUAUUGGCAGCAGCAGUCUCCCCCUGCAGUCACUGCUUUACGGUCCGGCCGAGUGAACGUCCAGACGCGCUGCUGCUGCUGGGAGGAGGCUUUACCGACAUUUCGUGUCUGACAGCCGGCCGGAGGUUCCUCUCCUGCGGGGAACGGGAUCCCUUCUUCCACGGACCGAGCUCCGGUGUCGCUUUUUCGGCGAGGAGAGGAAGAUACAGAGCUGCAGCUCGUCGGUUCGCUUCGCAGGGUCACACAGAUACGACCCUGCCCUCGUUGACUGAUCGCAGAGGGAGUCACGACCACACAGACCAUCUCUGCCUCCAUCAUGCAGACCUCCAUCCUCCUGCUCUUCUCCUCAUUCCUCCUCCUGUCUCUCCUCCUCCCCUCCUGCUCCUCUCAGAGUGAGUCGGACCUCACCGUCACGAUUCGUAGUGGUCAGGUUCGUGGUUUCCGCCAGCCGGUGCUGGACCACAGCUACGUCACAGCCUUCCUGGGUAUCCCCUUCGCCGAGCCUCCAAUGGGGAAGCGGCGUUUCCGUCGUGCCGAGCCCAAGCGUCAGUGGGCGGGCGUGUACGAAGCAAUGGAGUACCCCAACGCCUGCUACCAGGCAGUGGACACAUCAUAUCCUGGUUUCCAUGGCAGCGAGAUGUGGAACCCCAACAGGGAGAUGAGUGAGGACUGUCUGUACCUGAACGUGUGGGUGCCCUCCUCCCCCAGACCGCACAACCUCACCGUCAUGGUGUGGAUCUAUGGCGGAGGCUUUUACAGCGGCUCCUCUUCGCUGGAUGUGUACGACGGUCGGUACCUCGCUCACAGUGAGACGGUCAUCGUGGUUUCCAUGAACUAUCGGAUCGGAGCGUUUGGCUUCCUGGCCCUGCAAGGCUCCUCUGAGGCUCCUGGAAAUGUGGGUCUGCUGGACCAGAGGAUGGCGCUGCAGUGGGUCCAAGACAACAUCCAUUCUUUUGGUGGAAACCCCAAACAGGUGACUAUCUUCGGUGAGAGUGCAGGCGGUGCUUCAGUCGGAUACCACCUCUUGUCUCCAGGCAGCCGAUCAACCUUCACCCGGGCCAUCCUCCAGAGCGGGGUCCCUAACUGUCCCUGGGCCUCGGUCACCCCCGCUGAGGCCCGCAGACGGGCCACGCUGCUGGGCAAACUGGUCGGCUGCAACGGAGGCAACGAUACGGAGCUGGUGGACUGUCUGAGGAGCAAAACCCCCCAGGAGCUCAUUGACCAGGAGUGGCAGGUCCUGCCGUGGUUGGCCCUCUUCAGGUUCUCCUUCGUCCCCGUGGUUGAUGGUGAGGUUCUCCCCGACACUCCCGAGGCCAUGCUGAACUCAGGAAACUUCAAAGACACUCAGGUGCUGCUGGGAGUCAACCAGGACGAAGGAUCAUACUUCCUUCUGUACGGAGCGCCCGGCUUCAGCAAGGAGAACGAGAGCCUCAUCUCCAGAGAGAACUUCCUGGAAGGUGUGAAACUGAGCGUCCCACAUGCUAACGACAUCGGUCUGGAGGCCGUAGUGCUGCAGUACACCGACUGGAUGGACGAGAACAACGGGCAGAAGAACCGAGACGCCAUGGACGAUAUAGUAGGAGACCACAAUGUCAUCUGCCCGCUCGCUCACUUUGCUCGCUCAUACGCCCAACACAGUGCCCUGAAGGCCAACGCAGGAGGAGCGGGCUCUGGGAUGAACACUGGAGGAAACCCACAGGACGGCGUCUACCUCUACCUUUUCGACCACCGGUCAUCUAACCUGGCUUGGCCCGAGUGGAUGGGAGUGAUCCACGGCUACGAGAUCGAGUAUGUGUUCGGCCUGCCGCUGGAGAAGAGACUUAACUACACGCUGGAGGAGGAGAAGCUGAGCCAGCGUAUGAUGAGAUACUGGGCCAACUUUGCUCGCACAGGGAACCCGAAUGUGAACGCAGACGGUCUUCUCCAGAAUAAGAAGCGUUGGCCCGUGUUCACUCUGAGCGAGCAGAAACACGUGGGCCUGAACACUGAACCUCUGAAGAUCCACAGAGGACUCAGGAACCAGAUGUGUGCUUUCUGGAACCGCUUCCUGCCCCGCCUCCUCAACAUCACUGAUAACAUCGACGAGGCGGAGCGUCAGUGGAAGGUGGAGUUUCACCGCUGGUCCUCCUACAUGAUGCACUGGAAGAGCCAGUUCGAUCACUACAGCAAGCAGGAGCGCUGCACCGACCUCUGAGCCCCCCACCCCACCCCGCCCUGCAGAGAGAGAGCACCGAGGGAGGGGGCCGGCCGAGAGAGAGAGAAAGAGAGAGAAAGAGAGAUGGUCACUUCCCUCCACAGCCCCCCCUCCCUCCCCUGUGAAGUCUGACUUCAUGUAUAGUUUGUGUUUGAGCUGCUGACGUGUAUUUAUUUAACUUAUUUAUUUAUUCGUCUCUGUGAGGGCUGCGGAGGGAACUGAUAUCAGAGAGAUUUGUCAUUACCUCGGGCGUGUUUGUGUGUGUGUGUGUGUGUGUGUGUGUGUGUGUGAGAGAGAGAGAGAGAGAGAGAGAGUGUGUGUGUGCCUGGCUCCUGCUGGUUUCCUGUGGAUCUCAUAAACUCAUCUUCUGUUUUCAGACAAUUCCUUCUCUUCAACAUUUCAGGGUUUCUGUUUCUGUCUCACCUUUCCGUCAGGUUCAUUAUUGUGACCACUAUUCCACUGACCUGUGUGUGUGUGUGUGUGUGUGUGUGUGUGUGUGUGUGUGUGUGAGAGAGAGAGAGAGUGUGUGUGCGUGUGUGUGCAGGUGUGUGUGUGUUUGGGGUGUUUCAGUAAAGCCAUAAGCUUCAUGUUCUUCUGUGAAAAAGCUUCAGAGUUAACGUCGCUCUCUGCUCCUUCGACGUAACAUAUGGGUGAGAGGAUCUACGCCCGCUCUCACUCAGAAUCCAUCAGAUAUCUGCUGAAUUGAUCCUGCGAGAAACUUUGCGAACAUGAAUAAUAAUCCUGCAGAAAGAGGAGGAGAGGAGACAUGCCUCUUUUAAGAUGAAGGAUUAUUAUAACUUGUGUUUACUCUCUGAUAUCGUCUCUUCUGGUCGGUCUGUUCUCGCUCCACACUCAAAGCUGCAGGUUUCCUCUGCAGCAUCAUUUUGGAGCGUUCUGAUUGGCUGUUGGAGUCAGGUGAUGCAGAGAGGCCUGCAGGAGGAGAGGGUCCACUAAUGUUUUAGAUUAAAGAGAUUUUAGUCACACUCUGUGAAACCAGAGAUCUACUUAAAGCCCAGUGAGGACGGUCGUAAGUCUUGUCUUUGGCGCCCCCUGUGGUCAAAGCUAGUAUCUCAUUUAUUUGCCGAUCUCGUCCUGUUCGUGUGUCACUUUUCGUCUUUUAACCUCGUUGAAAAUUUUAGCGUUGAAAUGUCCGAUAAACGAGGACGUAGAAACUCUCGAUCGUGAAGAGGCGUGUGUGUCGUCCACUCAGUGUCGUGCACAGCUGUCCUGUUUUUCAUUCACUCCUCCUUUUUCCUAUCCUUUCCUUCAUCCUUUAUCGUACCCUUGUCUCCUCCUGUGUGUCCUUUACCUCCUCCUCUCCCUCCAUCCUCCGUCCUCUUUAAUCUUCCUCUCCACUCAGCCUGUCAUCUUCAUCUUCAUCUCUAAUCAGCCUCCACCCACCCUCCUGUCCCCACCCCUCUUCCUUCUUGUCUCCUCAUCUCCUUCCACCUCAUCUAACUUUUCUCCUUCCUCUUCGCCCUCUCUCUCUCUCUUUCUGCCCUUCCUCCUCCUCCUCUCCUCCGUCCUCUCCCGCGUUCUCGUUAGUCUAAUGGAGGAAGAGUAAUUCACUCAGGGCAGGGUAAAGUGACAGAGCGCUGGCUCAGCCGACAGGACGUGAAGGAUGGAGGGAUGGAAAAUGGAGGCGGAGAGAUGAGGCGAGGAGGAGGGGGGGAAGAGGUGGAGAUGUGAUGGAAAGAUGAAAAGACGGGCGGAGAAAUCCAUCGUUACGUAACUCAGAGAAUAAAAAGUGAGAGAUCAGACUCAGAGAUCAACUCGACCUGCUGAGUGUCACGUUUCACAUCUGGAGACGAUUUAUGACUUUAAUUACAACCUUCUGAAAGAAUGCACAUAAAGAUGAUGAAUAGAGACGUUAGAUUAGAGAAAAAAAGGACAAAUAUAGAUCGAUAUAUUAAAAUAAUACGAGAACUCUAUCAGUAUUUAAACGCGCAGAGCCGUUAAAGUCCUGAGAUGUAAUGCUGUAUGAGCACGAAUAUCCUCUGUGUGCAGGUUUGUAAGUUCACAUAAGAUGCAAGUCAACAGGGACACUUUUAUUCUAAGUUAUUAGUCGUUAGAGACACCUUUGUAUCUCAUGCAAAUUUGAACGAAACAUGCAUCGACUUAUUUGGAUUUCAACGACAAACAAGCUGUGUAAAGUUUCAUAUUGAUCCCAGAAUAAAACUCAAAGAAAAGUUCAUCACACUGAUUUUCAGGCUGCCACAGCUAAAAGGCUUCCUGGUUUGAAUCCAGGCGGGUUUCUCUCUGCAUGGAGUCUGCAUGCUCUCCUCGUGCAUGGUUUCCCUCCCACAGUCCAAAGACACGCUCGGUGGGUUCAUUGGUGACUCUAAAUUGCCCCAAGGUGAGUAUAACAGGUUGUUUGUCUCUGUACGUCCGCCCGGUGACAGCAACGACCUCUUUACGGAUAAUAAAUAUCCGUAAUACAUAGAUGCUGAAUUCCAGAUAAUCCUGACUGACUCUGAGUGAUUUAAAGAUCGCGUGCAGCUCGCUGACACACCGUCUGACAUCAUCUCUCACUUGGUCUGUUUUCCUCUAGAAUAAAGAUCUUAGAGUGUUUAUUAAUUCCAAGUGGCCAAUGCAGAAGUGUUAAAAACUGCAGUUCCUCAAGUGUCCACUAGAGGCUGGCUCCAGAAGUACCAGAAACCACAUAUACACCCAUUCAAAAAAGCCGUUUACAGCCUGGUAGAAAAAAUAAGUGUAGUCUGAAUAGCUUAUUUCUGAUUCGGGGUUUAAUUUUCAUAAUUCAGCAGUUUCAAAGCUAUUAAAAUUACGAGUUUUGCGAAUGAGAGGCGCUGCUGACUUGAUCGACAGACGGGAAGACUGUAGCUGUUAGCAAAGAGGCUAAAGGCCCGCCUCUUUAUCUCACACCAUCUCCACAGAAGUUAGGUUCAGCAUUUCCAAUUUGUCACCCUCUGAUAUCGGCUUCAAAAAAAUAAGUUGACGUCAUGGAUAUUUUAGUCGACUUUGGCGCCCCCUGUGGUCAAAGAAGAACAUCUCCUCACUCUUUUGGUCCCGUCCUGUGCGUCCAGAGUGAAAUCUCCUCCUGCUGUCUUUAGAAAUAUGAUCCUUUAGCCUGCUGUCGCUUGUCUAAUAUGACCCUUCCUCCCUCGCAGUGGUUACAGACAUUAUAAACCCCGACACGCACAUGUUCAGGUGUGUUGCAGGUAGAUCUGUUUGCUUCUGUAGCUCAUAAUCAGGCAUUCAUAUUACUUUCAGAUAAGAUAUCAACGUCUUGACACGUUUCAGGACUUCUAAGUUGUUCUCUCACUUCACCUGUCGUCUGUUGCACCCUAACAUCACAGUAUACGUGAGUGUGUGAGAUGUACCUGUGUGAGAACUCUGAGGCGAAUCCUGCGCUGUGAUUGGCUGAAGUGUCUCUGUUGGCAUGUGCAGCUCCUGUGGGAGUCUGGCUUUAAACAGACGAAACAUGAAUAAAGGAUUGUACCUGAUGUCUCAAACACCUGUAGAGAAUGCAUGUGUGACUGACUGUGUGAGUGACAGCUCCUCUCAUCCAAUGGGAGACCCCGCGCUCCUUGCUUAAGCCCCUCCCCCUCCCCCCGGCCCUCCUAUCAGCCCCCCUGCAUGUCCUGAAGUGUAUCCUGCCAAACUUGGACUGUUAUUUUCUGUAAAGUUUGUACUUUGGAACAAAUAUUAUCGAAGUGAGUGAUGUUUAUCUCUCUCCUGUUAGUGUCAUGUUAGCAAUAACGUCAGUAAAGAAUAUAUUUGAUAUUUAAAUGCUGUGGUGAUAAAACAAUGAUGACGGAUAGAGGCUGUGUUUUCAAAGCAAUAUAUUAUUCUGAGUGCCAUAAAUCUCUUCUUCUUCUUCUUCUGUUGGUUUGAUGAGUUUGUCCUCUUCCUCAUUGUUGUCUCUUCACUCACUCGUCCUGUUCGUGUUCCAGCUUCUGUAGCUUCACUGCGUCUCUGUGUAUCAUGAAUGCUGACUUGGUUAAGCUCUAGCAACAGAAAUAAAGACACCUGCUGCUUCUGUCUGUC